AUGGCGGGAGAGCAAAUGAAACCUGUUGCUUCUCUUCUUCUGGUAUUGAACUUCUGCAUGUAUGUGAUUGUUCUUGGUAUUGCAGGAUGGGCAAUGAACCGAGCCAUCGACCAUGGCUUCCUCAUCGGCCCUGAUUUCAACCUUCCAGCACAUUUCUCCCCAAUUUAUUUUCCGAUGGGAAACGCAGCCACAGGAUUCUUUGUGACAUUCGCGUUACUGGCCGGUGUAGUUGGUGCGGCUUCCACAAUCUCGGGCCUUAGCCACAUUCGUUCUUGGACCGUUGGAAGCUUACCGGCUGCAGCCACAGCUGCAACUAUUGCUUGGACCCUCACACUCCUUGCUAUGGGAUUCGCCUGGAAAGAGAUCGAGAUUUCUAGGAGAAAUGCUAAACUGAGGACCAUGGAGGCGUUCUUGAUCAUACUUUCAGUGACACAGCUUCUCUACAUCGCCGCUGUUCACGGCGUGAGAAGACCUACUUAA